AUGUCGUUCAUUGUGUUACUUUUUCUGCUCGGAACUACGUUGGCCCAGUCCGAUCAAUCGGGCCAACAAUCACAGCAAGCGCAACAACAAGCACUUAAGCCGCUCGGAAAUGUAGAGAAACCAUUGCAGCUGGAAAAUCCUGCCUAUGACCCAUCACUGUACCAAAAGUUCCUGCCACAGGAUGCCGUCCAGCAGUACGUACACUCGUACACUGGACAUCCCUAUCCAGUGACGCCUUACUUCGGUGGUGCUCCGUUCGAUGCGGCUACCGCUUUCGCUGCCAUCCCGACCGGAGGAUUCGAAGGCUUUCUCAUCCCAGCUACGGUAGAGAAGGAUUCACCGUCACUGCUAACCUCGAUGCGCACCCUACUCCCAAGUGCACGAUCGCUGGUCACGUUCGUUGGCCGACUAGUGUCCGUGUUGGUCGGAUCGGUCGGUGUGCUGUUCUUCGGUACGAUCCUAACAUCGCUCACCUGUUUCUUCACCCCGUUCUGCACACUGUCGUUCCGCAAUGCAAAGUUUCUUACCGGAGCACAAGAGACGGCACAGGAGAUCGUGGAGACGGUUGGUGAGCAGGUCACUCCCGAGCGGGUUAAACGUGCGGCCGAAUUCCUGUACACCGCCAUCGAUCGUUUCCAGCGAUUGAACAACGUGGUAAAGGAGGCCACCGAACGGAAAGCCGCCAAAAGAAGCUGA